AUGCUCCUAUUCAUUUUUUUCAGAUAUAGAGCAGGUGUCUAUGGAGCAGAUGUCUUUGAUCGCAUUUGGCAGCCUUACAACUUAGAGAAUUGGUCACAGAUUAGGACCAAUAACAGUGUAGAUGUCUACAAUGAAUACCGGCCGCCAGAGAGUGCUAUGAUCACGGCCUCUGUUCCAACAGACCCGGACGCUCCUAUGAACAUUUCGCUAACCAGAGUGGAACCGGGUUCACAAUUUUACGUUUGCCUGCACUUUUCUGAGAUCCAAGAUCUCAAAUCUAAUGAAACAAGAGAGUUUCAUAUCAUGUACAAUGGCAGGAUUAUCGUCAGAGCCUUUAGGCCGAGAAGAUUAUACACUUUCUCCGAAGUAAUUGAUCAGGAAGUCGGGCCUAAUGCCAACGGAGAGUACACUUUUUCGUUUCAAAGGACCUUGGAUUCCACGCUACCUCCUCUGCUGAACGCCAUGGAGGUAUACAUUAUGAAACCCUUAGGGAAACAAGCAACGGAUAAAACAGAGGUCGAUGCAAUUGAUCGAAUAAAGUCUAGGUGGGGUAGGGAGAAGAUUGAUUGGGAAGGUGACCCGUGUGUUCCACAUGAAUACAUGUGGAACGGUCUUAAAUGCAAGUAUAAACACAACAAACACCCUAGAAUCGUUUCUCUGAACUUGACGGCCAGCGGUUUAAUCGGGGAGAUACCAGACACGUUAUCAAAUCUAACUUCACUAGAAGUACUUGAUUUGUCUAACAACAAUCUGACUGGUUCGGUCCCAGAGUUUUUGGCUGAUAUGGAAUCAUUGAAAUUCAUAAAUCUAUCAUGCAAUGAGCUAAAUGGUCUAAUAAUCCCUAAACGUCUCCUUGAUAGAGCACAAAAAGGAUUGGUUACACUAAGCGUCGAUGAAUUUCCCGGGGUAUGUUCGUCUCCUUCACACUCCACUACAAGCAAAAAGAAGACAAAUAUUGUUGUUGCAUCAACACUCUUUUUAAUCUUACUUAUUGCAGCCGUCAUUGUAUUUAUCUGCAAGAGGAAAAGAAUAGCCGAUCGACAUCCCAGUUCAGAAAAUAAUAAUCUUCAGCAAUGGGAUCAAAGUAGCUUCUCAGACAUUGCACAAAACGUGUUCACAUACGAAGACUUGGCUCAAGCAACUGGUAACUUCUCCAGCACCAACCUCAUUGGACAAGGUGGGUUUGGCUAUGUUCACAGAGGAGUUACUUCCGAUGGAACCGAGGUUGCCAUUAAACAGCUUAAAGCUGGAAGCAGACAAGGCGAACAAGAGUUUCUAGCGGAGAUAGAGAUCAUUAGUAGAGUCCAUCAUAAACAUCUUGUUUCACUCCUUGGUUAUUGCAUAACCAGAUGUCAAAGACUCCUUGUUUACGAGUUUGUGCCUAAUAAGACUCUGGAGUUUCAUCUGCACGAGAAAGAAGCACCGGUAAUGGAGUGGGCAAAAAGGAUGAAGAUUGCCUUGGGUUCAGCUAAAGGACUGUCAUACUUGCAUGAUGACUGUAACCCGAAAACAAUACACCGAGAUGUAAAGGCUACAAAUAUUUUAAUUGAUAAUAGCUAUGAGCCAAAGUUAGCAGAUUUUGGACUCGCCAGGUCUUGUUCAGACACUGAAACUCAUGUUUCCACUCGGGUUAUGGGAACAUUCGGUUACUUGGCCCCUGAAUAUGCCUCUUCUGGGAAACUCACUGACAAAUCAGAUGUCUUUGUUAGUCUUUUGAAGGAAUGA